AUGCCUCGUAAAGCUCCCACCACCAUCACCGUCUUCCUUAUUCUCCUCUGCCUCGCUUUCUAUUCUCUCCUCCUCUCUCGCUCCGCCAUAUCUUCCUUCCCCUCCGACCUCCGCUUCCUCCCCCAGAACCUCACCGCUCUGUACAAGGACUCGGAUUCUUUCAACCAUGUUAUUAGAGAAGAUAUAAACGAGCUCACUCGCCGAACUCGACUCGUCACCUCGAUCAAAGGUCCCGUUGAUUCGUUUUCUGUUCUAUUGCCCAACUGGGAAGUCCUUGUUCUGGUCUAUAAUGAAACCCCAUUGAUGUUGAAUCCCGGCGAUGGUGGUUUAUAUUGUAUUUUCCCAAGAAACGAGUCUUCUCCGGCGAAUUUCUCCGGGAUGUUGACUUUAAGCGGCGCCUUCACGUUCAAGUGCAUUCUGCCGAACAGGAACCGAAGACUUCAUCCGUUUCGCCAGCCUGUCCUGGCGAGGUUUCUGGAGAAGGAACCGAACGCCACCUCUGCUUCGCCGGUGAUGCCGCGGUGGGACUACUUGGCGUACGAGUGCUUCUCCGCCGAGGCCGACGUGGUUGUUUUCGUUAAGGGCGUUAACCACCGCCAAGGAAUCAAUAAGUCCCCAGAGGAAUUCAGUUGCGUUUUCGGCGACGACAUCAAGAACGCCGUCAGAACCGCCGUUACCAGCUCCAAGCAGGAGGUAUUCAGGUGCCACCAUCCCGUGAUCGCCUCCGCCGAAAGAAUCAAAGUCUCCAUCGAAAUCCGAAGCCAAAAGCUGGUCGUCCCUUCGGUUGCAUACUACACUACUCCCCCGAGGCGCACCCCAUCAAACCCGAAGCCGAAAUCGCUAUUGUGCGCCACCACCAUGGUUUACAACGUGGCGAAGUUCUUAAGGGAAUGGGUCAUGUACUAUUCCGUGAUCGGCGUCGACAAGUUCAUCUUAUACGACAAUGGAAGCGACGACAAUCUCCAGAGAGUCGUGAAAGUGCUCAACGAAGAAGGAGAUUACAACAUCGAAAGGACUUUCUGGGUUUGGCCUAAAACCCAAGAAGCUGGAUUCUCUCACAGUGCAGUUUAUUUCAAAGAUUCAUGCGCAUGGAUGAUGUAUGUCGAUGUCGACGAGUUCAUAUUCUCACCAUCAUGGCUUAAGAAUUCAUAUCGACCAUCGAAAACAAUGCUUAAAUCUCUGUUAUCAACACCAUCCGAUCGAUCAACCGGUCAAGUUUCGAUCAAGUGCAACGAUUUCGGGCCGUCGGAUCAAAAGAACCACCCAGAAACGGGAGUAAUGCAGGGAUACAACUGUCGACGACAAACCGAGCAACGCCACAAAUCGAUCAUUCUACUGGAGGCGGUCGACCAUUCGUUGCUUAACGUGAUCCAUCACUUUGAUUUGAACGACAGUUAUUACAGUUGGAAAGAGUUGCCGUUGGAGGCGGCGGUGAUCAAUCAUUAUAAGUACCAAGCGUGGCCCGAGUUCAUGAACAAGUUCCGAAGGAGGGUAUCGGCUUUCGUUGCGGAUUGGAGGACGAGGGUUAACCCGAUGUCAAAGGACCGGACCCCCGGGUUAGGGUUCCAACCCAUUAAACCGGACGGUUGGGAGAAGAUGUUCUGUGAUGUAAAAGAUGAAAGGUUGAAAAUUCUGAGUCAAAAAUGGUUCGGUUCUGAAACAGCGGAAGGGUUCAAAAUGGCUUGGCAGAGAUGAACAAUGCGAAGGUGUAGGUACAUAACUCAGCUUAACAAAACUUUUUACCAGACGAGUCGAUACUUUUUUUUUCAUUUUAAAAUACAGUACGU